CUGGUUGCUGUGGAAACAGGAGAGGAGCAGGGGAGCCUGGGAAGUGGGGAUGACACAGAUAGCAAGUCCUAGUCAGAGCUGCCGCUACAUUUAGGAGAAACAGCAGUGCUUGCGGCUCCCACCCUCCAGGGGUGCUUGGGGUGAGGGGGAGGCGGUGUCAGGGGCAUGGACGCUUCCCCCCAGGGGUCUCCGCUGCCGGCUACUCUCCUCUCCACACGCUGGGUCCCUAGAUGCCUAUGGAAGGGCUCUGGGUCUCUCUCUCUCAGGGCAGAUUGCAGUCCAGAGAGCUGCUCACAGGGAAGAAUUUAAAGCAAAAUAAGGCUGUCUCCACUGUGGAAAUAACCCAGGGGAAACGGGGCUAACGCUACAGCUGCAAUAACCAGCGUCAGUCCUCAGGGAGACUUCUCAGUGGGCAUUUCCUAAGCCCCUCCAGGCCCCGCGCCGCCGCCCGGGCCGUGACCUCGCCGCCCGCGGCCACGGCCAUGGCUCAGGAGAACGCAGCCUUCUCGCCGGGCACGGAGGAGCCGCCGCGGCGCCGCGGCCGCCAGCGCUACGUGGAAAAGGACGGGCGCUGCAACGUGCAGCAGGGCAACGUGCGCGAGACGUACCGCUACCUGACCGACCUGUUCACCACGCUCGUGGACCUGCAGUGGCGCCUGAGCCUGCUCUUCUUCGUGCUGGCCUACGCGCUCACCUGGCUCUUCUUCGGCGCCAUCUGGUGGCUGAUAGCCUACGGCCGCGGCGACCUGGAGCACCUGGAGGACACAGCGUGGACCCCGUGCGUCAACAACCUCAACGGCUUCGUGGCCGCCUUUCUCUUCUCCAUCGAGACGGAGACCACCAUCGGCUACGGGCACCGCGUCAUCACCGACCAGUGCCCCGAGGGCAUCGUGCUGCUGCUGCUGCAGGCCAUCCUGGGCUCCAUGGUGAACGCCUUCAUGGUGGGCUGCAUGUUCGUCAAGAUCUCGCAGCCCAACAAGCGCGCCGCCACGCUCGUCUUCUCCUCGCACGCCGUGGUGUCGCUGCGCGACGGGCGCCUCUGCCUCAUGUUCCGGGUGGGCGACCUGCGAUCUUCGCACAUCGUUGAGGCCUCCAUCCGCGCCAAGCUCAUCCGCUCGCGCCAGACGCUGGAGGGCGAGUUCAUCCCGCUGCACCAGACCGACCUCAGCGUGGGCUUCGACACGGGCGACGACCGCCUCUUCCUCGUCUCGCCUCUCGUCAUCAGCCACGAGAUCGACGCCGCCAGUCCCUUCUGGGAGGCGUCGCGCCGCGCCCUCGAGAGGGACGACUUCGAGAUCGUGGUCAUCCUCGAGGGCAUGGUGGAAGCCACGGGAAUGACAUGCCAAGCUCGGAGCUCCUACCUGGUGGAUGAGGUGCUAUGGGGCCACCGCUUCACCUCAGUGCUGACCCUGGAGGAUGGCUUCUACGAAGUAGACUACGCCAGCUUCCACGAGACCUUUGAGGUGCCCACACCUUCAUGCAGCGCCCGGGAGCUGGCUGAGGCCGCGGCCCGACUGGAUGCCCAUCUCUACUGGUCCAUCCCCAGCCGGCUGGACGAGAAGGUGGAGGAGGAGGGGGCUGGAGAGGGGGCUGGAGAGGAGGCGGGAGAGGAGGCAGGAGAGGGGGCCGGCGAAGGGGCUGGGGUUGACAAAGAGCAGAAUGGCUGCCUGCCACCCCCAGAGAGUGAGUCCAAGGUAUGACCAAAUUCCUCCAGACCCCUGUGGCAGGGCCAGACACAGGUACCUGGGGAGCUGAAUAUCAUAGGUGGAGAAGGAGUCCGGCAAGGUCCCUAUGAAUGCACCAAAGCUGGAGAGCCCCCUCAGAAUCUCAGGUCUGGGAUCCAACUUGGACAGGAGAGAUCCUGAUUUCAGGAGAAUGGAGGGUGGGGAUGGGUGAACUUACCCAGCCUGUCUGUGACCUUCCUGUCUGUUCAUGGGUGGAUGCGUGGACAGAAGGAUGGACCUGUGUGAGCCGGAUGAGAAGAUGGAAGCAGAGAGAGACAGUCAGUAGAUAGAUAAAUGGGCUGACAGGCUGGUGGAGCGCUCAGGGCUGCCGCUAACUCACAGAGCAUCUUUGUGCAAAUUCUAAAAAGGCACCCUUUUCCUCUAGACUGACACCACCCUAAACCAGGGUGCACGGUUUGGGGAGCAGAUGUGGGCUGCAUUUUAGUC